UACAUGGCUGCACUUAUUUCUGAAAAUUUUAAAUUUGCUGCUCUUUUCUUUAAGAGUAAGGAUGUAAUGAUCUUCAAUGGGCUGAUAGCCCUGGGGACAGUGGCUAGUCAAACUGCAUACAACAUAUUUGCCUUUGAAUGCCCAUGUUCUACACAGAGAAAUUACCUGUAUGGGUUAGCUGCUAUUGGCGUACCUGCCCUAGCUUUCUUUUUAAUUGGAGUAAUGCUCAAUCGUAACACGUGGGACCUUGUUUCGGAAUGUCGCAUCAGAAAAUGCCGGAAGCUGUCUGGGGCUGCUGCCUUUGCUCUGCUGGGUUCAAUAGUGGGCCGUGCAGCAGUGGCUCCAGUAACCUGGUCUGUCAUCUCACUCCUCAGAGGAGAGGCCUAUGUUUGUGCGCUUAGUGAAUUUGUGGACCCUCAGUCUUUGGAAAACUUUCCUUCCACUACCCAGAGCUCCGUUAUCAUGGCCCAGUUUCCAUGUAAGGAUGUGCCUGCAGAGCUGCUGCACUUUUGGAAAUACAUUGAACGCCGACUCAAGUAUGAAUCUCAGCUGUUGGGCUGGAUGUUGGUGGCUAUUGUCUCUUUCGCUGUGUUCCUGGUGAUGUGUGGAAAGCGCUGUUGCUCUCCCUUGGGCUACCAGCAGGAGGCAUACUGGACCACCUAUCGGGCCAGUGAACACGCUCUUUUCCAACGCACUGCUGAGGUUCAUGCCAAGCUCCAUGCUGCCGAGAGCAUCAGGACCUUCUUUGGGUUUGUAGCCCUUGAGGACCAAGAAAAGGGGCUUCUGACAGCAUGUCAGGGGUCCAAACAUGCAAUUUCCAGUCUGGAAUGGAACCAGAUAACAGGAGUUUACUUAUACAGAGAGAAUGAAGGGACUCCCCUUUACAGUCGCCUCAAUAAAUGGGCCAAAUACACAAUUGGGAACAACACUGAGGCCAUUGAGAUGGAAAUGUUAGGUUAAGGUGUGAAUGAUCACUGACAGUAAUCAACUAACUUAUGGUCAUUUCUUGUGGAUAAUAGCUGUGUUCACUAAUAAGAUACAGCACUGUACUAAACUUUCAUUCUGUUUUGUUUGUCCCUGCUGUGCAAAUCUGAGUAGUGUUUGCUUUCUUCCUUUAUUUUGCUUAAAUGGGUCAGUAUGAAAAUUGAUUACUUGAGAUGCAAACAUAUAUUUUAAAAUCUUUUGUAGUUUGAUGAUGGGAUGAAUUGCGUGAUGCAGUCAGUAAUCAGAAAUGAUUAAUACAUAAUGCAUACUGAAGCAGCUUUUCUGCAUUCCUAAAACAUUUGUAAGACAUAGAAAACCCUUUGAAAUUAUAUGGGCUAUUUGUAUUUUUUUUUAAUAUGUGCUGAUAUGUAUUGUAUACUGUUCCCUUUUAAUUCUUUAUUAAUUAGUAAUUAGUAAUGUCAACAUUUGUUAAGAUGCUUAGUUUUUGAGAAUGUAUGUUAUCUCAGGUGGGCUGCAUGGUGGUACAGUGGGUAGCAUUGCUACCUCACAGCUCUAGGGUCUAGUAUUCAUUCCUGAGCUCAGGAUUCACAAUGGAGUUUCCCGGGUUUCCUCCCAAAAAAACAUGCAGAUGGAUUGGCUAUGCUGAAUGUAUAUUUGUGUUUGUGUGUGUGUGUGUGUGUGUGUGUGUGUGUGUGUGUGAAUGGUGCUCUGCAAUGGACUCGCAUCCCAUCUGCAGUGAAUUGUACUGCCAUGCACCCAGUGUUGCCAGGAUUGGCUCCAGAUUCACCACAAACCUAACCACGAUAAAGCGGUUACUGAAUAUGAAUAUGAAUGUUAUCUCAGGUAGGCCCUAUGUUAGGACAUGUUUGUGUGCUGUCCAGACAACUAUUGUUACAUAUUGUACAAUACUUAUGUAAAAUAAUGUACAAUAUUUUACAAUAUAUUUUAUUAUAAAUUUUGUGCAUUUGUUUUUUCUUCUAUGAAUAUUAUAAGAACGCUAAAAUCCUCCUUAAAAGCAGGCAUCAAAAGUUUGGGUUUAAAGCAGUUAAUUAGGUUUCCAUUCACAUUGCUAAUAGCAGCUCCAGAUGGUUCUUGCAUGUCCUCUGUUAACAAUUGCAGGGGUAAAAAUGUGAGAAACACAACAUUAGGCUUCUGCUAAAAAUAGCAGCCUCACCUUAGCCUUUAGUCGUUACUUUUCAAACAUGCUUAGAAAUAAACGGUGUAGGCUUCACAUUUGAAAAUGUGUAUAGGUUUUACUUUGAAUAUCUUAGGCAAUAACCUGUAAAUUAUGUAAUACAUAAUUACACACAAGGACACAGUUUAAGUGUUUGUAUGUAGAAACAACAACAACAAUUAUUAUUAUUAUUAGUAGUAGUAGUAGUAGUAGUAGUAGUAGUAGUUCAAAUAUUUUGAAAUGUGAGAUAAAUUAAACUCUAUUAUUUGAAUCUCUAAAUCUAGCUUUUCUACACUUUGCCCAUUCAUCAUAUAAUCACUGAUUAUAUUAAUGAUUUCUGCUCUUGAUGUCACUGACUACUGAUCCUAGCAAAAAAUAGUCAAACUAUUUUCUUUUCAGGUUUUGGGUGUUAAACCUCCACCUUCUAACCAUUACAAUCACUGGCUGAUGGCAUUGCUAUGAUAAACAUUAAAGACAAUAAAAGACAAUAAAAAUAGCUUGUCCCACAUUAUGUGUACAGCACCAUUCUACCAUCCCACUCUCUCUCCCCCCUCAUUUCUU